AUGGACAACCAAGGUAGAGGUUCGAGAGGAGGUUCUAGAGGAGGUUCCGGGGGAGCUUCUAACUCAAGGACAACGGUUAGGGAGGAUCCAAGAGUGGAUAGAGUCCUUAGGGCUCUAGAGGAAAUUGGAAACCCGAUGGGUAGGCAAAUUCAAGAACGAGCUGCCGCUAUUGCUCAAGCCGCCGAGGCUCGCAUUGCUCUUGCUACCGUUGCUGCUCAUGGAGUAAAUGUCAAUCAAGGGAAUGACAUUGGAAAUAGACAAAUGCACCAGUUGGUGGAACAAUUUUUGAAGUUGAAACUAGCUAAGUUCAUCGGAAAAGGUGAUCUACAGGUUGCUCCUCAUUGGAUAGAGGAUCUAGAGAAAGCGUAUGAAGUGCUGGGGUACACAGAAGAGGAAAAAGUGACCCUCGUAGUGUAUCGGUUGCGGGAUACGGCCAUUGAUUGGUGGAAGCCCACCAAGGGAAGAGUUUUCCCGGAGGGUACGGCUCUGAAUUGGACUGUCUUUACGGAAGUCUUCAACGGAAAGUAUUUCUCUAAAAGCGCUCAAGAGCAUAAGAUGUUAGAAUUUCAGCGGCUCCACCAAAAUCAGAUGACAAUCGAUCGGUAUAAGGCUGAAUUCUCAAGAUUGUCGAAGUAUGCACCAUGGAUGGGGGAGAUUCCUUUGGAUAGAGCGAGAAGGUUCCGGGAUGGGUUGAGGCCGGAACUUCGUAGUCGAUUGAUCAUACUGAACCCGAGGGACUACGAUGAGCUUUAUGAACGGGGUAAAAUGGUAGAACGAGAUAUGAAGGACAGGGCUGCCGCAUCUGCAUAG